UCACUUAGCCGUAGGCCGAUCACCCCUAAAUACCGCGUCUCCACUUGAGCGUCAAACGGACGGUGCUCAUAUACCCUAUUUUUACUUUGCAUUCUCCUCUCAACUUUUCCUUCCCCUUUCCAUCUUCCAAACCAGAAUUUGCCUUUUUCAUUUUGUUCAAUAAUAUCUCAAAUACUCCUAAUAAAUCACAAAUUUUGCUGUAAAUUACUCGUAUUUCCCUCUAACAAAACUUAAAUAUGCAGUAAAAUCCUAGACUUAACGUGUAACAAAAAGAAGUUAGUUGAAAACUUGUAUGCCAUGAGCAGAACCAACAGAAUCCACUGAUUUAAUUGCGUAAAUUUCCUGUCUCUGUCCUCCUAGUUAAUACACUCACAGAAAAAUUGAUGCAGUACCAGAAUUUAUUGUGAUAGUUGAUCUUCUCAACGGUUUCUUACAGCGACUUUUACUCUUUCAGAACCCCCAUAAAAUUUGACAAGACCUAGCUGUUUACUGUUUCCUAAGCUCAUGAAUUGAAGAUAAAAGAAGGAAGAAAGAAGAUGACUUCUAUGGUGAUGAUCUACAGACUUGGGUUUCUUUUGAUAUUCGUUUCGGCAACAGAAGCAAUUUUAAAUUCAACUAAUUGCUCAAGAAUAUGCAAUGGAACAGAAAUAAACUACCCUUUUGGAUUCAGCCCUAAUUGUGAGUUUCAAUUAAACUGUACUAUCGAGGGAAAAAUGGAAUUCAAAGGUUUAGAAAUCAGGAAUUUAUCAUGGGAAACCAUAUCACUGAUUCUCCCACCGAAUUGCACACGACCAAUUCGUCAAAUCAGUCGUUUUUUCGGCAAAAAUUACGCUUUGACUACAAGAAAUGGAUUACUAUUACAGAAUUGUAGUACCCCUUUGUAUGGAUGCAUGAUUCCGGCAAAUAUAAUAGAGACAAAAUUUGGUGGGUGUGUAGGGAGGAGAGAGAAUAUGAGUUGUUAUGCAACGGAGAAUCCAAUCGGAGGAGGUGGAAUUUUGAGGUAUGAGGAUGUUGUGAACACUAGAUGUGGGUUUUUGUAUUCGUCAAUUGUUGUGGAUGAUGUUGCUUCUGGAAAUUAUACUUCCGCUGCUUUGUUAGAGUUUCGGGCUAUUCAGGUUGAUUGGUGGUUGACCGGCAUGUGUCGGUGUCACCCUAACGCUGUUUGUAGUACUGUUGGAGCUUCCGGUUUCCGGUGCCGGUGUAAUGAAGGUUUUGUUGGUGAUGGUUUCGUCAACGGCCGAGGUUGCCGGAACGGGUCGGUUUCAGCUGAUGGUUUACCUAACCCUGGUCGAACUCGUAGAACUAAGUUCCCAGUUGUAUUUGGAGGCAUUGCUGCUGGUACUGCUUCUAUGUUGAUAUUUGCUGGUAUUUGUUACUUUUAUUGUCGUCGUUCUAUCUUUAUGAAAAGUCCAAUGAGCGCAAAGCAUCUUCUUUCUGAUGCUGAAGGCAACACUCCUGUUCCUUUGUACCCUUAUAAGGAGCUUGAAAGAGCUACAAACGGCUUUUCUGAAAAGCAAAGGUUAGGAACUGGAGCAUAUGGCACAGUUUAUGUUGGAAGACUUCACAGCAAUGAAUAUGUGGCUAUUAAAAAGAUUAAACAUCGAGAUACUGAUAGUAUUGAGCAAGUCAUGAAUGAGAUCAAGCUUCUCUCCUCAGUCAGUCAUCCGAAUCUUGUUCGUCUUCUUGGUUGCUGCAUAGAGAAUGGUGAGCAGAUCCUUGUGUAUGAAUUUAUGCCAAAUGGAACUCUUGCAGAGCAUUUGCAGAGAGAAAGAGAAAGCGGCAAGGCCCUCCCUUGGACAGUACGGCUUACCAUUGCUACAGAAACUGCCCAAGCCAUCGCCUAUCUUCACUCUGCAAUGAAUCCUCCGAUAUAUCACCGAGACAUAAAAUCGAGUAACAUACUCUUGGAUAUUGAUUAUAAAUCUAAGGUAGCAGAUUUCGGUCUUUCUAGGCUCGGGGGAAUGGAAUUAUCCCACAUCUCGACAGCUCCUCAAGGAACUCCGGGAUAUGUUGAUCCUCAAUACCAUCAGAACUUUCAUCUUUCUGACAAAAGUGAUGUUUACAGUUUCGGGGUAGUCCUAGUUGAGAUUAUAACAGCAAUGAAAGUAGUAGAUUUCAACCGGCCUCAUUCUGAGGUCAAUUUGGCUGCCCUUGCUAUUGACCGGAUAGGAAAAGGACGGAUUGAUGAGAUAAUUGACCCUUAUCUUGAGCUGCACAGGGAUGCAUGGACUUUGGCGUCUGUUCACAAGGUAGCGGAGCUUGCUUUUAGAUGCCUAGCUUAUCACAGAGACAUGAGGCCAUCCAUGAUGGAAGUUGCUCAUGAACUAGAGCAAAUUCGGCAAAGUGGGUGGAUCUCCCUCGACGAGAAUGUGUGCAUGGGAUCAUCCGUUGUGUCUUCUUGUUCUUCACCACUUAAUGGGAGCGAGCGAUCAUUUGGUGGUUUAUCAAUAAAGAAAUCAGUAAUAGGGAGCCAGAGGCUUAUUAUUACACAGAAGGCUAUGAAUCAGCUAGCUUCGUUGGAAGAGGGGAACGAUAGUUCACCUGUAUCAGUUCAUGAUCCAUGGUUCAGCGAGCAAAGCUCACCUUCGACAAACAGCUUAUUGAGUAAUGUAAUUCAGUAAGGUGGAUGAAGUAAUUCCGUCGUUGUAUGAUGUGCAUAAAUUGGUGAUUUUCUGCUCAUUCUGUUCAUUCGUGUCGUUUUCCUUGUUGUACACACAAGGUGGUGGUACAUAUCUAGAACCGGAAAGUGAAACUAUUGUACACAUUAUAAUGUAGGAUAUGUAUUGUAGUAUGUUUAUGUCCUGAAAUCAUUUAUCUGCUUCACACACUUAAAAAGGUCUUAUGAUCUUACCGCAAUUUUGGGCGAAUUUUUAUAGAAAUCGUUGUUCCAUUAUGAGGAUUUACUUUCACAAA